AUGCACAUGUCAAACGUCUAUUCAACCAUUGCAGUUGCUAUCUGCCUUGCUCAGGGUUCGUCCUUAGCGGCGGGCGAGAUAAUCACCCACCAUGGGCCAAUGUUUAGACGCCAGUUUUAUGGUGGCAUCGGCGGAAGUAUUGGCGGGGGUAUUUCGCCGAUGAUGGGCGCAAACUCUGGGUAUGCCAACCCAUUUGCAGCGUUCUGGAGCCAGGGCAUAGUUCCAGGCCAGGGUUUCCCUCAGAUUGGUAUGAGUGCAUACGGAUACACGCUGCCAGGCUACGGAAUGUCCCCGUACAUUAACCCCGACGCGAAUAUUUUGAAUGGAGUCGGGAAGGGCCAAAUCAAGGAGAAUGACCUAAACAAGAUCGAAAACAAGAUCAAUGGCUACGAUAGCUUCAAAGCGGCGGCUAGCGGAAAGGGACCGGACCCUGCAUACCCUGGCCGCUUUAGCAACGAGUCGAAUGAUGACGACGAUGUCAAGCCGGCGCACAAGAAACACAGUCACAAUGAUGACGAGUCCAAUGGCUCGGGAUGUAGCCAGGCCUCUGGCGUCCUGAGUCUGGCUGCAAUUGCUGUGAGCGCUCUUGUGCUCCAGUUUUAA